GUCACCGUUACGCAUUUCAGCAGAACAACGCGCUCAGAAUGGCCGAGAGUCACGGCGAGAUCAGCGGCCACGACUGUCGGCGACCCGCUCCGGCGCAGACCUUCAACCACAGGUCCUCCAAGUGGGUCCGUUUGAACGUCGGCGGCACGUAUUUUCUGACCACCAGACAGACGCUCUGCCGGGAUCCCAAAUCGUUCCUGUUCCGCCUGUGCCAAGCGGAACCAGACCUCGAUUCGGAUAAGGAUGAGUCUGGGGCGUAUUUGAUUGACAGGGAUCCCAUGUAUUUCGGGCCUGUGCUGAAUUACCUCAGACAUGGGAAGCUGGUCCUCAACAAGAACCUGACGGAGGAGGGAGCUCUCGAAGAGGCCGAGUUUUACAACAUCACAUCAUUAAUAAAACUCAUCAAAGAAAGGAUCAGUGAAAGAGAAGCCAAGACGACACACACACCGGUCAAGCACGUUUACAGAGUGCUGCAGUGUCAAGAGGAAGAGCUUACUCAGAUGGUCUCGACCAUGUCAGACGGAUGGAAGUUUGAGCAGCUUGUCAGUGUAGGUUAUGGGCGGGCCCAGAAGUCAGAGUUUUUCCUGAUUGUGUCUCGAGAGGUGAAGGGGGAGGAGUCAAGCCAAACUCACCCCACCCACAGUGGAGAGCUGGUCAAUAUCGGAUCCUCCUAUAAUUACGGUAACGAAGAUCAGGCGGAGUUCUUGUGUGUUGUUUCUAAGGAACUGCACAACCAAUCAUACGGCAACAACACCCAACCCAGUGAGAAAGCCAAGAUUCUACAGGAACGUGGUUCUAGAAUAUGAUCAUUUAGAGCUCCCGCAUUUUGAGACAUAUCAGCUCUUUCUAGAACAUUCCAUGAGCUUGUUCUCUUCACGCCUCGAGAGCACCGGACACCUGACACACACAAGCAGCACGUGAAGAGCAUGUCCACUGUAUUCCAGUCUUUAUGGUGCCUGUUUAUCUGGGACGCUUGUUUGUUAUGAUCUUUAUGGAUUCAGAGACUGAUUCAGAUUCUCUGGUCAGGAUCUGGAGAGCUGGACCAAUGACAAUCUCAGGGAUCAAAAGGAAAUGGACACGUCACUCUGAAUCACCUGUUACCACAAUCAAUAUAAUAGAUAUACAGUGGGGUUCAAAAGUGAUAAUACUUGAUUUUUCAUUUAUAGCGAAUGCUUUUCUUUACAAGUCCCUCAGUAUUUGGUGUGUCUCCCUUUUUCUUUAAUCAAUAUCAUGAACAAAACCUGAUGAUCACGAACUUGUGAUGUUUCAAAAAGCAUCAAGGAAAAUCUGAGCGUCUGUACAAAGAGUCACAUGAUCAAUGUCAUGCUGAUACUCAUAUUUGAUUAGUGACACAGACAUACAUAAUAGAUACAUAAUAUUAAAUAUUACUUUUUCUUUUUUCUGUGUUCUCUGACUUUUGGACCUCACUGUCCUAUGAUUUACAGUUGAGGUCAAAAGUUUACAUACACCUUGCAGAAUCUGCAAAAUGUUAAAUAUUUUACCAAAAUAAGAGGGAUCAUACAAAAUGCAUGUUAUUUUUUAUUUAGUACUGACCUGAAUAAGACAUAUCACUUAAAAGACGUUUACAUAGAGUCCAGAAGAGAAAAUAAUAGUUGAAUUUAUAAAAAUGACCCUGUUCAAAAGUUUACAUACACUUGAUUUUUAAUACUGUGUUGUUUCCUGAAUGAUCCACAACUGUGUUUUAUUGUUUAGAGAUAGUUGUUCAUGAGUCCCUUGUUUGUCCUAAACAGUUAAACUGCCUGCUGGGACCUGAAAAUGCUAUAGGUCCCACAAAUUCUUUGGUUUUUCAGCAUUUUUGUGUAUUUGAACCCUUUCAAACAAUGAGUGUAUUAUUCUGAGAUCCAUCUUAUCACACUGAGGACAACUGAGGGACUCAUAUGCAACUAUUACAGAAGGUUCAAACACUCACUGAUGCUUCAGAAUGAAACCACAAUGCAUUAAGAGCCGGAGGGUGAAAACUUUUGAACAGAAUGAAAAUGUGUAUAUUUUUCUUAUUUUGCCUAAAUAUCAUAUUUUUUUUUUCAUUUAGUACUGCCCUUCAGAUGCUACAAAUGAUACUUACAUGUUCCCCAGAAGACAAAAUAUGGUAAAUUUACCCUGCUUUUCCCAGCUAUGUAAAUGUCUUUUAUGUGAAAUAUCUUAUUCAGGUCAGUACUACAUAAAAAAUAACAUGCAUUUUGCAUGAUCCCUUUUAUUUUGGUAAAAUAAUGAACAUUUUGCAGAUUCUGCAAGGUGUAUGUAAACUUUUGACCUCAACUGCAUAUACACAGCAAUACAAAUUUUGCAAAAGCGCCAUGGCUGAGCACAGUUUUUAUGCAAGAAUGUAGUGCUGAGUAAUAUUUCUUAGUGUUUUUAGAGAUUUUAGCUACUCUAGCAUUCAAAGGUUUGGGGUUGGUAAUAUUUUUUUAUGUUUUUUAAACAUUAAUUUGAUCACAAAUAGCAAAAACAGUUUUAUCUUGUUUUGUUUGAAUAUAUUGUAAACUGUAAUUUAUUCCUGUGAUCAAAGCUGAAUUUUCAGCAUCAUUACUCCAGUCUGAAGUGUCACGUGAUCCUUCAGAAAUCAUUUCUGAUUAAUAUCAAUAUUGAAAGCAGUUGUGCUACUUCAUAUAUUUGUGAAAACCAUGAAACUUUUAGGAUUUUUUGAUAAAAAGAACAGCAUUUUUUUAUUAUAAAUAUCUUUACUGCCACUUUUGAUCAAUUUAAUGCAUCAUUGCUGAAUAAAAGUAUUAAUUUCUUGCAAAAAAGGAGAAAAAAAUCUCACUAACCCCAAACUUUUGAAUGAUAGUGUAUAUCUACAACACAUUUUACUGGAAACCUGUGUGUUUUUUACUCCUUUUAAUGUGAAAAUUAUUGCUUUUGCACUACUGCUAUUAUUAUUAUCAAGGCAAUAUUUCAGAAGAACUGCUGUUAAGAAAUGUGUAGUCUAUCUUAUUACUGAGUACUUGGCUGGACCUUAAAGUGAAUGGGCUUUUUUUGUCUGUCAACCAAGAGGAGAGACAGGAUAUGUGAAGCAUUUAAAUGACACCUUGCACAUCUGAUCUUGCACAUUUUGAUAUACAGUAUAUUAUGCAUCUUAUAAGGUAAUAAUGUAUGCGUUUGUAUGACAUUUUGAAAAUGCUAACAUCUAAACCUGUACUGCAAAAUCACUGUAAAAUUCAAGUAGCUGAACGUAGCGACGUACAUCCACAUACUUUUAAGA